AUGCCGAAAUACAUAUUCUUUCUUUCUUUCUUUCUUUCUUUCUUUCUUUCUUUCUUUCUUUCUUUGCUUUUAGAAAUACAUAUUCUUUCUUUCUUUCUUUCUUUGCUUUUAGAAAUACAUAUUCUUUCUUUCUUUCUUUCUUUCUUUCUUUCUUUCUUUGCUUUUAGAAAUACAUAUUCUUUCUUUUCUUUCUUUCUUUUCUUUCUUUUUUUUUCUUUCUUUACGUCCCUAAAUUCACAAAUACAUAUUCUUUCUUUCUUUCUUUCUUUGCUUUUAGAAAUACAUAUUCUUUCUUUCUUUCUUUUUUUCUUUCUUCUUUUUACGUCCCUAAAUUCACGUAAUUUCUUUCUUUCUUCGCUUUUAAAAAAUCAUAUUCUUUCUUUUUUUCUUUCUUUCUUUCUUUCUUUCUUUCUUUCUUUCUUUCUUUCUUUCUUUGCUUUUAGAAAUACAUAUUCUUUCUUUCUUUUUCUUUCUUUUUUUACGUCCCUAAAUUCACGUGAUUUCUUUCUUUCGUUGCUUUUAAAAAAUCAUAUUCUUUCUUUCUUUCUUUCUUUCUUUCUUUCUUUCUUUCUUUCUUUCUUUGCUUUUAGAAAUACAUAUUCUUUUUUUGCUUUUAGAAAUACAUAUUCUUUCUUUCUUUGCUUCUAG